AGGUGUCGGUUUUUUGGCUCUAUCUAGCUGAAAUCGUCUGUCAUCCAGCGAUCUGGAAAGGGCCAAAACGCAGAAGGAAGCGCGCAGUGCUGGCAGAACACGGCUUUGCUCACCAGCGCAGCUGAAGACUUUGGGGGUAGCAGCAGGCACCUCAAACUCGCGCAGCGACCAAACGACGUGAGCCGCAUCGUUGAUAUCCCGUUAGGGAGUGAACAGAACUUUUCGAAACUGCUAUAGUCCGUUCUUAAAGCAAGUGUCGUACACUAAAAAGAGUACACUUUGUUCUCAUCAGACAACUACGAACAGAGACUGUGUUGUUUCAGUUUAUAGUAAACCGUUGCGAUUCUGCGAAUACAAAGUGGAACUCUUCAAUUCUGACAUACUGGAACUACUAAAAAUUUGCCUAUACUAUUGGAUAGUCAGAAUGCGUACGACGUGGUGUGUCAUCAUUUUUCUAGCUGCGCUUUUCCAAGGAACGGCAAGCUAUUCUGACCAAGAUCUUCAAUUUUCGGCCAGCAGUAUGAAUCAGCCCCCAUACAAUCAGUACCAAGUGCUCGUCCUGUUGCUCCAGGAUGGACAUCAGCAGCAACAGGUGGCCGCAGCCCCAGGUCAGUCAGCGGGGCCUGAAUAUUCUGUGCCAUUGACGUAUCCUUACCCGGCUGCCCCAAAAACACGCAGCCCCGCUAAUAACUGGCACACACUCGUCUUUGGCAAUCAUCAGAGUACAGCUCCUUCCGCGGCAUAUUUGCACGAGAACAUUCUCUCCGGAAACAGUGUGAACGCUCUGUUCGCUCCAACUGGUCCUGCUUUAAAUGAGCACGAAUACCCGCCCGUCCAUCCCCCCAGGCCAAGCUUCCCUGCUCACCUCAGCACAAUCCAGAACCAACAUCCUCAUGGCGAUGACUAUUGGAAAGGACUUCAGGGUGACCGAGCAGACUGUCCAACAAUUUCGUCCUGCCCAGCCCGAUACGGUUGCUAUAUUCAACAGAAACCCGGCACGCGCUGCUCGUACUGCAAAUGCAAGCCCCGUCCUUCCCACAGCGCUGGCGAGCAUAAGUAAAUGCCGGGGGAACCUGGCAGUUCAGUGAGAGCUGAUUAAUUUAUUUCUCAAUAUGAUAAUGAUACGAAUAGUGGUGUUUCUCCCCGCAGCGAGCGGCGACACCAAGCGAGGUAGACGCGCAUACGAAAUGCUUCUGCUACUUUGUUGUUAAUUGUUUGUGUUUUAUAAUGUAGUAAAGUACGUUUCUUUUCGAAUUUUGUAUUAGCAAACGUCCGCUACGUUUUUCUGCCGAUUUCUUGGUGAUUUUCUCCGCGAGUACUAUAUGUCAAUCGUGUCUACGGGAUACUCAAAUACGUACAAAAGAAAGCUCGCUUCUUUUUUAGCCCACACACAUACACAUAAUACAUUAGUAAUAAACAGUAAUGUUGCUGAAAUUAGCUGAACGAGAUCUAAUUGCGAACAAUCUCUCAUUAAAACUCGUGUAAUUGCUUCGCAGAUAUCGCCAGUAUUAGGUACCGAAUAUUUAUUCCUCUAUAGUUUCCGGUUUAUAUGAGUUUUUAGGAAAGCUGACAGAUUGGCAUCUUUCCAUGUUCUGAAAUAGCCAGUUUUCCGUUCUAAACGAAACGCCGCUAUCUUGUAAAUAUAAUUGUCGUAAUAUAAUAAAUAUAUGAGCUCGAAUUGCAGCAGGAGGUUUAUUGUUA